AUGGCUUGGUCAGAUCUUGUGUGGGGAGCGGUUUUGCAACAACAAAGCUCUCUAGGGAAGUUCAUCAACUUUGAUUUGGUUAAUUCGGAGAAGGUACUGAAAAUGGAGGGAAAAACUGAAGGCACAUCGUCGACGCCGCCUGCACUUGCUUACAUUCCCAGAUAUGAUAAGGACGAUGAACACAGGCCAGCCAUAAUUUGUGCUCUCACUGCUCUACCAAUUCCUCCAGCUGCGGCACAAACUGCAGCUGAGGCAUCAGCAUCAGCGCAUGCCAAGUGGCAGCGUCGCACGUUUUGGACAGAGUGUGGCAGCUGCAGGGAGAAGAAGAAGCUCCCCAUAUCUGACAUGAACUCUCAGCUCACCUGCCCUGCCUGCACUGAAACAUUUACAGCAGUGGAGGUGGCUAGACCUAGAAGUGUUGCUGCUUCGCCUGUCGCUGAGAACUCCUCGCAGUCCAGCAGUGCUGCUCUUGUUCCAGCUUCUGAUGUGGUGGUUGUGCCGUUCAACCUGAAUGCAAGAGCUGCUCGUGAGGGAGGUCAGCUAAGUAGGGCAUUCCCUAAGUCUGAGGUUGACAAGCUUCUGAAAGAAAGGAUGAAGGAGAUCAUAGAACUGAAGCUCAAGGAGGGGAAGAAGGGAGAUGGUAAUGGACAGUAGCUGCUGAGCCAUCCCAAGGUUCAGAAGAACAGUGGUGCAGUUCGAAGGUGGGAACCAGUGUCGCGAGUUGUGAGCAUCUGCUUCUGCUAGUGUGCAACUUAUGACUUCAGAAUGGAGGAUUCUUGAAUAAAUAUUGCUGGAUUGAUGCUUUAAAACUAUCUAGAUAAAUAUAUUUGCCCCUAAACAAAUGUUCAAGUAGAAGAUACUACCGUAUUUAAAGAAGUGUAUGCUGAGAACCAUGUCAGGUUCAUUGCUAUGGGAGAACCAUAAUGUUUAUUUGCACUAUUUUAGGGUA